AUGUCAUCGCCCGGCUCCUCCAACGACUCCCUCGCGGACCUCAUCCGCGACGCGCUCGUCGGGGUCUAUAAUAGCUCACCCGCCGACUGGCACGAGUUCGAGUGCGCCGCGCUUGACGCGCUCGCCAAGAUGAGCAACGAGAUCGCGAAGGCGGCGGCGGCGAUGGAAGAGGACGUUGAUAUGCCGGACGCCGAGGACGACGAAGACGAAGACGACGGUGACGGUGACGGUAACAAUGACAGUGACGACGAGGACGACGAGGACGACGACAGCGGCAGCGCACCCGGCCCUAGCGGCUCUGGCGGCGCCGGCCAGCGAGGUAAGGGCGGUGGACGCGGUGGACGUGGUGGACGCGGUGGACGCGGUGGGCGUGGUGGGCGUGGUGGGCGUGGUGGGCGCGUCUUUCGCUGCCCUUUCGCCGGCUGCGAUAAGUCGUACACGGCCGCAUGGACGCGCACUCGGCACAUCAAGGACAAGCACCCCGAUCAACCGGUGCCGCCCUUCAUCGACCCAUGA